AUGCUUCACUCCAUCUUGGACCAAGCGACCAAUGUCAAGGAAACGAUUCCGAAAAUUGAAUGCAGCUCUCUCCGAGACCAACCGAAAGUAGUAGCGGAGAGAAAGGAUCAUAUCACAUCUUUUCAUGGACGAAAAUUAUCAGAUCCGUAUUAUUGGCUCCGAGAACGAGAAAAUAGUGCCGUAAGAAAAUUAAUAGAUAGCGAGAAUCAAUAUCAAAAGGAAAAGAUGAAGCCUUUAAAGAAUUUACAGGAUACCAUCUUCAAGGAAAUUAAGGACAGAAUAUUGCAAACUGAUGAAUCAGUGCCAUAUGUCUGGAAAGAUUACUUGUACUAUACAAGGACUGAAGACGGAAAAGAUUACAAGAUUUAUUGCAGAAAAGCUCUCGAAGAAGGUAGCAAGGAAGAAAUUCUUAUUGAUUUAAAUGAAUUAUCCAAAGAGCUCGAAACAGACUUUUUAGAGCUUGGAAUGUAUGAAAUUUCGCCUGACCAAAAAAUUCUGGCAUUCUCAAUUGAUGUAGAUGGUGACGAGUUCUAUGAUUUGUAUUUUAAGGAUUUGACAAAUGGAAAAAUUUAUUCGUUCUUUAUUAGUAAGGAUGAAAAUUUAGACACAAGUUUUGAAUUUGGAAAUGAUUCUAGAACUGUUGUAUUUGCUGUCUGUGACGAAGCACACAGGCCGUAUAGAGUUUACAGAAAAACUCUCGCAAUGAAUAGUUUUGUGGACAAGCUUGAAGAUUGCCAAACAAUAAGCGUGAAAGAAGAUUGCGAAUUGAUAUUUGAAGAACUUGAUGAAAGGUUUUUUGUUUCUGUGUGCAAGACAUUAUCAGAAGAGUUUAUAUUUAUUGACACCUGUUCCAAUAACACAUGCGAGUACCAUUACAUUCGAACAGAUGAUUUACCCAAAGAUAAUUUGAGACUCUUUGCUAAUAAGAAGAGAAAAGAAGGAGUUGAGUUUUAUAUUUCUCAUCAUACUAACCAUUUCUAUGUUUGGCACAAUGACGAUGGUUACAUUAAUUUUAGAUUAAUGAGAACACCUGUUGAAAAUCCUGAUUUCAAUAAUCUUGAAGAAGUUUUACCAUAUAAUCCAGAGUUUUAUACAGAGGAUCUUGUUUGCUUUAAAGACCAUCUAGCAUUAUUUGGAAGGUCAGAAGGAGUUCCAAAAUUGAUAAUUCUCGACCCUCACAAUGUCAACUCACCCAAAGAAGUGGAGUUCAACGAACCUUUCUAUGAAUUAGAACCUUGUGAAAAUUAUACUUUUGACAAUUCUCGAAUUAGGAUUGUGUAUUCAUCAUUUAUUACUCCAACAACAACUUAUGAAUAUGACAUGCAAAACCACGAAUUUAACAUUCUCAAGCAAGAGGUAGUAUUGGGCGACUUCGACCCAAAUCAAUACAUGCAACGAAAAAUACUAGUUACAGCAAGAGAUGGAGUUAAAAUUCCAAUUGGGCUUGUUUACAAAAAACGUAACAAUUCAGACACGGGAAUUGAAUUAGAUGGGAACAACCCGCUUCUGUUGUAUGGAUAUGGAGCUUAUGGUUGUUCUCUUGAUGCCUAUUUUUCACAUGCGAUUUUUUCUCUUCUUGAUCGAGGAUUUGUGUACGCCAUUGCAGGAGUGAGGGGUGGAUCAGAGAAUGGAAGAGGUCAUUAUCAGGAUGGAAAAUUAUUGAAAAAGAAAAAUAGUUUUUAUGAUUUUAUUGAUUGUGCUGAAUAUUUAAUUAAGGAAGGUUGGACCAACCCCAACAAACUGGUCAUAGAGGGAGGAAGUGCUGGAGGACUCUUGAUUGGUGGUGUACUUGCUUUUAAUCCUGAAUUAUUUAGGGCUGCAAUUUUGGAGGAUCCCUUUGUUGAUGUGAUUAAUUCCCUUUCAGAUCCUUCCAUUCCAUUAUCAGUCACAGAAUAUGACGAAUGGGGUAAUCCUCAAAAUGAGAAACAUUUCGAAUACAUGUUAUCGUAUUCACCAUAUGACAAUAUGGAUAAGGAGGAGAAUGUUGAGAAAUCGUAUCCAGCCAUAUUGAUCGAUCAUGCAUUGAAUGAUUCACGAGUUCAAUAUUGGGAAGGUUUAAAGUUUGUCGCCAAGUUGAGAUACUUUUAUUCAACACCUGAAAGAACUCGUUAUUUUCCAACACCUAGUCUUAUUCUCUGCAAAACAAACAUGAAACAAGGACAUGGAGGAGCAAGUCAAAGAUAUGAAGCAUACAAGGAAAUUGCCUACAGAUAUUCUUUUGUGAUUAGUCAAGUACAGCAGUAA